UAAAAGACACUAACACACCAUCACAUAUAUUUGGCUUGCAUGCUUUACACCAAAUUAAGAAAACAUAUCUUACAUCCCUAUAUUUCUCAAAACAUGGAUGCUCUUAAAGUUAUAUUCCUCUUCUCUCUCCUUGUGAUUCCUCUCUCAUCUGCUACGUUGGUUGUUGAUUACUGUGUAGCCGAUUUCAAUUAUCCAGUUGGACCAGCGGGAUACCCUUGUAAAAAUCCCGCUACCCUUACUGCUGACGACUUUGUUUUCUCUGGUUUGGGUGUUGCAGGUAACAUAACUCCCCCUUUCAACGUUGGUGGGGCCUUCGCUAUCGAUUUAACGUUCCCCGCUUUGAACGGUCUAGGCCUCUCCAUCGGGCGCCUAGACAUUGGUGUGGGUGGAGCAGUUCCUAUCCACUCGCACAGAGCGUCAGAAGUUAUCCUUGCAGUAGAGGGGACAAUAGUUGCUGGUUUUAUUGACACAAACAACACCGCUUUCUACAAAACAUUGAAAAAGGGGGAUAUUAUGAUCUUCCCACCUAUGUUACUUCAUUUCCAAGUUAACGUUGGAAAAUCUCCUGCUCUUGCGUAUGUUACGUUAAAUAGCGCGAGCCCCGGGUUCCAAAUUACUACUACUAGUUUGGCUGCAAAUGAUAUUCCUACCGAUUUGAUAAAGAAGAUGACUUUGUUGGAUACUACACAAGUGAAGAAGUUGAAGAGGAUCUUUGGAGGCACUAACUAAUUAUUAUCCUAUUACGUACAUGGUACGUUGUUUGAGCUACCACCAUAUCUACCUUUUUAGUUUAUUUUAAUUUAUAGUCCUAUAUAUUUAAUAAACACAUUAUGUUUAGAUGAAUAAAUUAUGCACAUUAGUGCAUACCUUCGAUUGUAAACUUCAAUAAUAUGUAUUUGGUAUUAUUCAAUAUCGAUCUUAUGCCUUAUUUGGAUAAUUAUUAUUAUCAAUAAAUAUAUUCAAGUAGACUCGAUCUCUAAUAAA